UCACAUCUUUUAAUUGCAUAAGUAUCUGAAGGCCUUAGGCUCCUGGGUACUUGAUGCUGGACCUGACAGCGUCCCCGCAGAAGUAAACAGUAGGCUUCACUGGGAGUGAAGAGGAUGAGAUAGAAAAUAAAGGGGUUUUCCUCUGCAGGUCCUAGGAAUCUGUCCAAGUGAAGCUUUUCCACUUUGCAGAAAAUUUGUAUUAGGGAGAAACCUGUUGUUCCUGGCCACACAUAUGCUGACUGCUAGGCGGUAGUUAAGGUCUUGGCCUUAUCUUCCAUUUUUUGCCUGUGUAAGAAUUAGCUAUGUAAAAAUACUUAGUGUCGGGCUUUCUCUUUUAAUCAACUGCUUGCCAUAUAGCCUGUAUUCUGCUUUUUUUCUGUGUGUUUGUUACUUCUGACUGUUCUUGAUGCAAGUUUUGAUGGUCUUUGCAUGUUUAUGGUGGCAAAUGAAUAUAAUUGGUAAUUUUAAGUUUCCAGAAUUCUUUUAAAGCCUUGUAGUUAAAAAUUUGCUGAAUAGGACACAUUAAAAGCCUUCCUUUUCAGUAAUCAAAACAACUAGUAAAAUUGAAAAUUUGUAAGGACACCUCAUCAGAUCAAGAUGCAACAAAGUUAAUGGAAAUUGAAUUAAUGUCUCACAAAAGUAAGGUGUAACUAGAGUAUGAAGUAUCCGGAUUGUGUUUUACAGCAGAUGCCAAAGGAGACCAGAACUUUUGCACAAACAUUGUCUGAAUUGUACAUGUACCUGUAUUAUUUUAUUACUUUGUCUUUGCUGCCAUCAGGCUUUACCAUGCUCCGAGCCUUUAGUCACACGAAUGGUAGGUGUGUGUUCCACCAUGCUAAGUGUUGGCAUCAUCGUAAGUCUGUGCUGGCAAUCAGGAGGGAAGAUGUCAAUGCAUGGGAAAGAAGAGCACCUCUAGCACCAAAGCAUGUUAAGGAGUUGACAAAGAUGGGAUACAAGGUCUUGGUGCAGCCGUCAAACCGGAGAGCCAUCCAUGAAAGGGAGUACAUCAAAGCAGGUGCCAUUAUUCAAGAAGAUAUUUCUGAGGCUUCUCUGAUAAUAGGUGUGAAGAGACCUCCGGAGGACAAAUUAAUCCCCAAAAAGAACUAUGCCUUCUUCUCUCACACUAUUAAAGCCCAAGAGGCAAACAUGCCCCUUUUGGAUGAGAUUUUAAGACAGGAAAUUCGACUGUUUGACUAUGAAAAAAUGGUUGAUCAUAAAGGAAUGCGAGUUGUGGCCUUUGGAAAGUGGGCUGGUGUAGCAGGAAUGAUCAACAUUCUGCAUGGGUUGGGUUUACGAUUUUUAGCCCUGGGUCAUCACACUCCUUUCAUGCACAUUGGGAUGGCACAUAACUACAGGAAUAGCAGUCAGGCUGUGCAGGCAGUACGGGAUGCCGGGUAUGAAAUUUCACUGGGACUGAUGCCAAAGUCAGUGGGGCCCUUAACAUUUGUGUUUACAGGCACUGGUAAUGUUUCUAAGGGUGCUCAAGAAAUGUUCAGUGCUCUCCCAUGUGAGUUUGUGGAACCACAUGAGUUAAAGGAAGUUUCCAGAUCUGGAGACCUCAGGAAAGUCUAUGGAACAGUGUUAAGUCGUCACCAUCAUCUUGUAAGGAAACGUGAUGGACUGUAUGAUCCAGCAGACUAUGAUAAAAAUCCAGAAAAUUACAUUUCUCGCUUUCACAUUGAUGUUGCACCCUACACAACUUGUUUAAUUAAUGGCAUAUACUGGGAACAGAAUACUCCUCGCUUACUGAGUCGGCAGGACACUCAGAAGCUGCUGGUGCCAGUUAAAUCUGCUGCUGCUGCAACGGACGGCUGUCCUGAACUACCACACAAACUUCUGGCGAUAUGUGACAUUUCGGCAGAUACUGGAGGAUCUAUAGAAUUUAUGACUGAGUGUACAACAAUUGACAACCCAUUUUGUAUGUAUGAUGCUGACCAGCAUAUUACUCAUGACAGUGUUGAAGGCUCAGGGAUUCUGAUGUGUUCCAUUGACAAUCUGCCAGCUCAGCUUCCUAUAGAAGCAACAGAGUAUUUUGGGGAUAUGCUUUUCCCUUAUAUUGAAGAGAUGCUGUUAUCAGAAGGCUCAGAACCUCUUGAAAAACUGAAUUACUCACCUGUUGUUCGAGAUGCUGUGAUUGCAUCCAAUGGCGCACUGACACCUAAGUAUCAAUAUAUCCAGAAACUGAGAGAGAGCAGGGAACAGGCUCAGUCACUGAAGAUGGGUGAUGAGAAGAGGGUUUUGUUGCUUGGAUCUGGCUAUGUUUCUGGGCCUGUGCUUGAAUAUCUCACUAGAGAUUCCAACAUUGACAUCACAGUUGUAUCUGUCAUGAAGGAGCAACUUGAACAACUGACAAAAAAGUACAGAAAUAUUACUCCAGUUCAUAUGGAUGUCCUUAAGAAUGAGGAAGAGCUGUCCUCUUUGGUGAAGAAACACAACCUUGUGAUCAGUUUGCUGCCUUAUUCAGCACAUCCUUUUGUUGCUAAGAAAUGUAUUGACAACAAAGUGAACUUGGUAACAGCCAGCUAUUUAACACCAGCCAUGAAAGAACUUCAGGAGAGUGUAGAAGCUGCUGGUAUUACAGUGGUCAGUGAAAUGGGUUUGGAUCCUGGUCUUGACCAUAUGUUGGCAAUGGAAUGUAUUGACAAGGCGAAGGAAGUUGGUGCUACGGUUAUAUCGUACACUUCUUUCUGCGGUGGCCUACCAGCUCCAGAGCACUCUGACAAUCCUCUGAGAUACAAGUUCAGCUGGAGUCCACAAGGAGUGUUGCUGAAUACAGUUCAGCCUGCUACGUAUUUAAAAGAUGGAGAGAUUAUCAAUAUUCCACCUGGAGGAGCGUUACUGGAUUCUGUUACUCCAAUGGACUUUUUCCCAGGGUUAAACCUUGAAGGUUUUCCUAACAGAGACAGCACAAAAUAUGCUGAGCCAUAUGGUAUUCAGACAGCUCGCACUUUACUGAGGGGCACCUUAAGAUACAAAGGAUACUCCAGAACUAUGGGAGGCUUUGUAAAACUAGGGUUAAUUAACCCAGAUCCUUAUCCUUUACUAAGGUCAACUACACCACCUCUAACCUGGAAAGAGCUCAUGUGCAAACUGGUUGGAAUUAAGUCACCUGCUGAGCACCAUGUUCUUAAAGAAGCUGUAUUUAGCAAACUGGAAAAGGACAAAAAUCAGCUGGAAGCAGUGGAAUGGUUAGGUUUAUUGGGAGAUGAACCGGUUCCAGCAGCAGAUUCCAUUGUAGGGGCUCUUGCAAAGCACAUGGAGAUGAAACUGCCCUUUGGCACUGGAGAGAGAGAUAUGAUUGUUAUGAGAAGUGAAAUAGGUCUCAGGCAUCCUUCUGGUCAUUUGGAAGACAAAUUUAUUGAUCUGGUUGUCUAUGGGGAUAACAAAGGAUAUUCUGCAAUGGCUAAAACAGUAGGAUACCCCGCGGCUAUUGCUGCUAAAAUGGUUCUAGAUGGUGAAAUAACUGCCAAAGGCAUGGUCAUACCUCUGACAAAGAAUGUUUAUGGGCCAAUACUUGAACGUGUUCGGGCAGAAGGCAUUCUGUACAGUACUCACAGCGUUAUCAGACAGUAACUGAAAGCAGUGGAUUUAAUCAAGUUUUGGCUUUUUUUGGUUCCCCCACCUCCUUCUGGAAUCUCAGUUUGGACCAGCUAAAGGCAGCACUUGCCAUUUCAUAUGCAAAUGUUGCCUUCCAUAAAACCUGCCACCCGGCUUUAAUGUAGAAACCAUAGAUACUCACAAAUGGUGAUGUUUUCCUCUUAAAAUUGUUAAUCUUUCAUGUACAUGUUUCAGCAUCAAUCGGAUCUUUCCUUUUAUUUUUUCUAAAAUAUCUCAGAAGGGCUUUUUUUUUUUAGAGUUUAUCUUCUAAGUGUAUAGGGUUAUUAUUGUGACAAAUUUAAGCUGAAAAAAAUCUAAUAGUGGAUUAUUUUGUGGUGGAAAAGUCUGGGUAAUGAACUCUAUUGAUGAAGUUUGAUUGUUCAUGUGGUAAAAAUAAUUUUUCCAAAAAAUUGAGAUGAAAAUGAUACUUAAAAUUUAAGUCUGGUCGUCCCUUUCACUUUAGCAAUAUUAAUGAGCGUUUUCACAAUAACAAUAUGCAAAAAAUAGUUUAGAAAUUCUGCACUACUAACAAAUAAGAUCCUUUUAAAUCUUGAAAAUGUUCAGUUCUUAAACAUUUGAAACCUAUCUUAAUAUUUUUUAAUCACUUUAUAAUGAAUGUAAAUUUAAAUUAAUUGGAGGAGGGAGGAAGAUUAGAGCAAGCUUCCCCCCACACCCUUUCUUAUUACAGAGUGGAAGCUGGUUGCAAUAUAUUGAAAUACCUGCUGUUACAUGUUGCCUUGUGCUGUGGAGAGAGCACAUUAGCAUUGAGCUCUGCAGCUAGGAAGGGCAAUCUGAAAUACAACACAGUUAAUGUGCCUAGAAGAUGCUCCAAAUGACAUGUUUACUCUUCCCACUUCUACUGCAUGCCUCAUCCAGUUUAAGUACUGUUACAAAGGGAAUACAUUGUGUAGUAUAUGCAGCUUUGAAAUGCACUAGGUUUAGAGGUUUAAAUUGCCACUUUUUGAGUUAGCUUCAAGGUUUUGAAGCGUUCACUUGGGAACCUAUGCCUACUACUCAGUACAGUGCCACUUUAGACUGAUGGAGUAUAACAGCUCAUUUGCUGCUGAGUGCUGUGCUGACAGAUGUGUCAGCCCUGCUCUAGCUGCAGUUUAGCCACAUCAGUCCAGAACUGAACUUUAGCCCUAGUGCAGCUUCUCUGCAACAUAGCACCAGCUGCCUCCUUUCGUUUCAGGGCUGCUUCUCUGGCUUUUGCUUAGGGAUUUCUGCACUACCUUUCAAUUAAAGCAUGGCUUAGACUUCACCAGUCAGGUCUGUGAGGUGUAAUGCUGUGGGCAGGUUGUAUUUGCACUGGUACCUGUGCAGCUGCCUAGAGCUUCCCUUUUCUAAAGCUGAAUACUGAUGCAGGAAGCUGUCUGCUUUCAGCUUUGCUCACAAGUGCACUUUGCUGAUAAACGCACAGCCUUUUCCUUCCUGAGAACCAGUGCUGUAAUCACAGUUCUGAGAGGCUGGAAUUCCAGGUGUCGUUUUGCAUGGUAGGAAAAGCAGCCAUAACAAUAAUUCAAGUUUUGAUCUCGAAGUUUUGCUACUCAGGAUUUGGAUUUUCUUUGUGCACAUGCAAUGAAGUAGCAACUGCAACAGAGUUAAGUGAAAGGAGCCAAAGGGAGAAUGGAGAAUGAAGGGAGAAUGUUACUGUGAAAGAGAAGGACUUUUUGUACUGAACCACUGCUUUUGUAAUGUAAUGCCAAAUUUGGAUUCUGUUACAGUGCCAUGCAUAUAUCACACAAAAUUCUGUCUCCACAAAGUUGUUUUGCUUCCCACUGACCUUACAGGCUGUUGGUCUGUUGUCUGGCUGGUAUAUGCAGCUGGGGUAAGGAUGGAGCCUGCAAUGAAUGUUCUGCUCUCUGCUGCCUCCUCCUUCUCCAGGUACAUUAAUGGCCUACAACUAAGGUUUAAAGUUAUACUUGUCUCUGCUGGUUCCUUCCAGUACAGUGUUUGGUGAGACCAGGAUUUUACUUGGGAAUUCUCUGUUCCCUUCCUUAGCCCACAAAUACACAACCACGGAGUUGUGCCUCUGUAUAUAUGCAUGCACCAUACUUGCUUUUCUGCCUUGGAAAUGCAGUAUGAGAUGAAAAUCAGAAUUUUAAAAAAGUAUCUAAUAUUUUUUGACCAUUAAAGAAUGAGCAGUGCAGUGUUUUCUUCAAGAAACACUGGUACUAUUUUUGAAACACUUUAUAUUGGAAUACAUUUCUAUUUCCCAGUGCAAUGCUGCAUUUUGUUUUCUAUGUUUAGACUUAAAUGAGUUUAUUGCCUAUCUUUUUUUAUGAAGAUUAUACUUCUCAGUUCUCUUUGCAUAUUACUGGAAAGAUAAUUGUAUCUUAUACACAAUAUUGCUUGAAAAAUAAAUCUGAAAUCCUC